GCAACUUUGCUAAGGCUUCCUCAGACUUCUCAGAAAAUGCUGGAUGAGUGCCAGGACAGACGGAGCUGCCAGUUCCUUGUCAAUAGCCGGCUGUUUGGUCUAGACCCGUGCCCUGGAACCGGCAAGUACCUCAUCGUAUGGUACAAGUGCAGGCCAAACGAGUACAAAAGUAAAGUAGCCUGUGAAGACGACAAGCUGAGACUGAGCUGUAAGAAAAACAUGGUCAUAGCCAUUUACUCCGCUAUUUUUGGAAGAACACAAGGAGGCAGCCUGGAAUGCCCCUACCAGAAUUUAGAGAUGCCUACGAUAGAGUGUCAGUCAGCCACGGCUCUUCAGCUUAUGACCAGACGCUGCCAUGGAAAAAGAAGCUGCAGUGUGUAUGCCAGCACCUAUGAAUUUGGUGAUCCUUGUUACCCAGGUAUCCACAAGCACCUCAAUGUUAUCUACACCUGUGUUCCCAAGAAGCUUCUGCAUGAAACCCAGCCAAAGCCAACCAACUACCAAGGAAUUCAGCAACCACAUUUUCCACAGCAGCCAAGAGUGUACGAUCCGAAUGUUAUAGGGGAUGGCGUGUUCUUUCCUGAUGUCUCGCCGUCCAUUCUAGAGCGCGUUCUGCCAGAGAAGAAGAAAGGGAGGUCAGCUACCUUUUACCCGCUAGACAACACCCCCUUGCUGCUUCCCGUGGAUGAGACACAGCGGCCAGUGGAUAACAGCAGCAUGGAGCCCGUGGGUGUUAGCACAGAGAUGGCCUUGCUCAGCAACAUCCUAGCAGCGUAUUCCUUUAUCACAGAAAAUCCUGAGCGUGCCGCUCUGUAUUUCGUCUCUGGGGUAUGCAUCGGACUCAUCUUGACGCUGUUGGCCUUGGUGCUGAAGGUGUCCUGCCGAACUGACUGCAAGCAAUCCCCAGGGAAAAAGCCGCCUCGGGAGCCAGAGAGCGACAGCGACAGCAGUGACAGCGAGGACGAUUCAGACACCACUUCGGACCUGUCGGCCCGCAGGCACCGCAGGUUCGAAAGGACUUUGAACAUGAACGUCUUCACCUCAGCCGAGGAGCUGGAGAGGGCUCAGAGGCUGGAAGAGCGAGAGCGCAUCAUCCGGGAGAUAUGGAUGAAUGGACAGCCAGACAUUCCAGGGACCAGAAGCCUGAACCGCUAUUACUAAGUGUUGGGAAAUCCCACAGGCCGACACUGCAGCCUAGGUCUUCCUGGGCCUGCUAAAGAGGAGAGAGAGGAAAGGAAUGUUACAUGGAGUCUCCCCUUUUCCUUUCAGAAGAGCUAACUGGAGCAGCGUGGAUGGACAGCAAUAAAGCUUUCACCUUCCCCUUUUCCCUGACUUAUUGCUACCGACACCAGGAAAUCACCCCCCAGUAUUUUCUCUCUGUAAUCAGUCUGGUUAUAGCAGAGGUGGAUGCCAGCUUCUCUUUUUGGUGUAGUUCAACAGUGGGUGAGAGGCACACAAGUAAAGCCCUCCCCCAGAUCUCGGAAGCUGAACACGCUACAGUACAAGUGCUGCUCUCAUGCUUGCCAGGGAAACCAUCAGUGUUUUGCUUUCCCCAAAGAUUUCAGGAGAAUCGAAAGCAAACGGAGACUCUGUGUCCACUAAAGGAAAGAUAAUAUGAGGAGGGAGGGCUGGGGAGGCACAAGCACAUGAUGAGUGACUGGCUUGUGACUUUAUGAGAUGUGGGGAUUCUUAUACCAUGAAAUCAUCUUGGUGCUUGGACAUUCAACCGUGUGUCCUGUUAUUUAAGAUGGUGUUUUAAUCUGCUUUUCAGUGGCAGCAUUUUUUUUUUUUUACUGACACCUCAGGGAUAAAAUCCUUUUUUUUUGGUAUGUUUCCCCAUCUCCUUCCCCAUAAACCAACCUGCCCCCAGCAGUGAAAUUAUGGUAUUAUAGGAGAUGUGUCAGUGAUCAGUGAAAUGUUAAACAGCCUCAAAGAGGUUGAAAGGGGUUUUGUUUGUUUUGAAUUGAUAUAUAUAUAUAUAUAUUUUUUUUUUGAAGAGGCUGCACAGCAAUGUGCCUUAUUCUUUUUUAUUGUUAAACUGCAGUUUUCCAUGGAUAGUGAUGCACAAUGUUUUAUAUAUUUUAUUAAAAAAAAUAAAAGAAAAGGUUUGUAUUUACAAGAGGAAAAUGAGGAUGAAAUGGGCCAAAUACGCCAGCAGGGUGAGAA